AUGUUAGUUAAACAAUUUUGGACGUUAACGGUGAUUGCCUUGAUUUCAAUCGUCCUUACCAAAUCCGAGGAUAAUGUACCGAGAAGUAAGCGUGGAGUUGGUUUAGGAUUAGCCGGACUCGGAUUGGGAGGAGCAGGAGCCGUUGGGUUAGCAGGAUUAGGCCUAGCAGGAGCCGGUUUAGCAGGCGCUGGAAUAGUUGGAGCCGGUAUCGCAGGAGCGAGCGCUGCGAAAGCAGGAGUAGCAGGCGCAGGAUUAGGCCUUGGUCUGGGUCUCGCUGCUGGACACAGCAAUCACUACGAUCACGAUGAAGUCCAGCACAUCUACCUCGGCAGCUACGAGGACUUCCAUCACCGACCCAAAGACGUUUACCAUCACCAUCACCAUCACUACCAUCAUUAACGCCCAUCGUUUAUCUGUAUUUAUUCGUGAAAUGCUUCCCUUUUUGCGGGAACGCGCCUGCAGUGUUGUGUUAAUAAAAAAA